AUGGCCCUGCAACCGUUCAUCCUCCCGACCGCCCGUCGAACACCACUGCCCCUGCCGCUUCCCACAGCGAGACUACCAUCAACGACGCGCCUCGCCCACUCCGUACCCCGCCCGCCGCCCGCCAACGCCACCGCAAACACCCCCAAGCAGCCGUCGUACGAGCUGACCUUCACCUGCGUGCCCUGCGGCUCGCGCUCCGCCCACAACGUCUCCAAGCAGGGCUACCACCACGGCUCCGUGCUCAUCACCUGCCCCUCGUGCCGCAACCGCCACGUCAUCAGCGACCACCUCAACAUCUUCGGCAACCGCAGCCUGACCGUCGAGGACCUCAUGCGCGACAAGGGCCGCCUCGUCAAGCGCGGCACCCUCGGCGAGGACGGCGACGUCGAGUUCUGGGAGGACGGCUCCACCACCAGCAGGGGCGAGCGCCAGUCCGACGGCAACGACCCCAAGCCCAUGCCAAGAAACGAUGCCACCGCCAGCGGCGGCGACGCUGGCCAGGCUGAUGCGCCUGGGUCGACGUUCGGGAAGGCUUAG